GGGGAGGGGGGUGCGUACAUAACCUGUACGUACGCGUACCUGUCGCUUCGAUUUUCAAAAUGGCGUGCCGAGCGUGAGUGGCAAGGAGAGGCGAGGACAGGCACUCGCUCCGUCGUCCUUGUCGUCGUCGCCGUCGCCGUCGCCGUCGCCGCCGCGACAUCCAGCCGUGUUAUCCUGCCGUCGUAAUCGUCGGGUCGCGAGCACGUGUACGGUGCCCCGCUCGCGCGCCAAGUUGCCCCCCCUCGUGAAGGAAGUUAUGCCAUCGCACGCGCGCAGGACGUAGGGAAAGCUCUCUUCUCUUCUUCUUUUUUCUUCUUUCCUCCCCGCCGUUUCCUCGUUCGCGUUCCUUGAUGGAGAUCCCGGCGGAGAUCUCGAUGGAAAUCUUCCUAACGGCGUUCUCCGUGAUAUUCAGUCUGUUAAUAGUGUUCCUCCUUGUUGUGAUAGGUUGGUACUUAGUCUGGACGUUCUUCCUGUCACGGUUCCGCUUCGUGAGAGAAUUAACUGGGAAUGGAAUGAGUGAAUCGUCAUCGGUGAACGAUUUGAAAACCGGCCGCGCACGCAUAAAGAAACUUCGUCGGGAUUAAAUACCGAACGAUAUACUGAAG